CAUAGGCGAAGCUCGCUUUAAAUAAUAUUAUUAAUAAAUGAAUAAGACACAGUGGUCAUGUAUAAGGUAAAUAAUAAGGAAAUAUAGUGCAGUGAUCUGUGUGGGAUCGGUAAAAUGAAGGCAAAAGGGAUCGACAACCCAGCCCUGGAGGUGGAUGACGUCAAUCCAGCACAAAAUAUCACGAUAGAUGAUGUUAUACCCGUACCAACAUUCUCUUCGCCUGUGCGAAGUUCUAGCAGGAAUUCAGGCAGUGAACAUUAUAUAGACAUGGAGCCAAAUUACACUGUGGAGUCAGACGGUCUGCCGUUGCUGCCGCUCUCGCAGACUACUUCCGAAGACAGUCUCUACGCCGUCCCAGGGCCUCCGCCGCCGGUCAAGCUGAUUACUCCAAAGAACGCUAUACACUAUCAGCACCCAGAAGCACAACUACUGCUGGCAGUCAAAUGGAACCAUGUUGAAGAGGUGGAAAAAUUGCUAGAAGCAGGUUUCGACCCUAACGCCCUAUACACGAUGUCGUGGUACGAGGCCGAAGCGCAGAUGCAAUACAUCCCGACUGCACAUAACGAGGAGGAGCGAUACCGGUUCAACAUGCUGCCUACUUGGCCAGCCAAUGAGAAGCCAGUGUGGAGCGCGCUGCAUUCCGCGUCUGCGCGUGGGCACGUGGAGUGCGCACGCGCGCUGCUCGCGCACGGCGCGUCACCCGAUGGUGCGGGGAAUACUCGCCGCACAACGCUAGAUGUCGCUGGCUCUGCGUUUUACUACGAUCACCAUGUGAGCAGUGACCACCUAGCAGAGAUGAUCAACCUGCUCCUUGAGGCCGGAGGCACGUUCAACACAAUGAGAGGCGAUGGCUUCGACAACCUCAACACACCGCUCCAUACAGCUACACUGUUGGAGUCUGCGGACGCUAUAAAAGCUCUGCUACAUGCUGGGGCAUCUGUGGCGUGUAUUAACAGUGUUGGGUAUACGCCACUGCAUCUGUGUCUAAGAAACAAGUUUGAAGAGCUGCUAGAGAUUCUUCUCUACUAUAAUUGCGACGACGCAGAGUCUUCUCUACGGGUGAACGUUGUAGAUAAACGAGGGUACUCCGUUCUGAAAACGGCUGUGGAACUCAAGUGGCUGCCUGGCGUCUGUCUUGCGUUGGAAGCAGGAGCUGAUGCUGCCAGCUCUUUCGACCAUUUGGAGGAACAGGCAUGCACAGAGAUGAAAACAACUCUCAUCCAUUUAGCAGUUCAAGGUCGGAACACGACGAUCCUAGAAAAAGUUCUGACCAUAGCGGAACAAGAGAAUCUCAUAGAUUGCAUCAACAGUGAUGGUGACACUCCACUCUGUAUAGCUAUUAGAAAUGGUCAUUUAGAAUGUGCCAAAGCCCUACUCCAUCAUGGAGCUGGUUUAGAAGGCAUGUCCACAGACAAUAGUAACGCCCUCCACAUAGCUGCUGCCUACGGUCGAACAGCAAUCAUGAAAUACCUCCUUGAGUCCGUCGAUGACUCCAAGAAUCUCUUUGACAAAUAUAAUAAAGACGGAUUUCUUCCCAUACAUCUGGCAGCCAAAAACAACAGCCCCGAGUGCGUUCAACUGCUUCUCAAAAGCGGCAACUGCCAAAGAUUGAGGACUCAAGAUGAGACUUUCUCAACGGCAUUACAUUUUGCAGCGAGAGGGGAUUAUGUUGAAGUUGCAGGAGCGAUCAUAAAGAAGGAUCCUCGAGCUAUAGACGAUGUGAACCACCGCGGCUUCACGCCUAUGCAUGAAGCAGCCUUCCACUGCAGUAACAAAAUAAUGUUAUUCCUCCUACACGAGACUGAUGCAGUUUUAUCUAGCUUCACUGCAGACAAUAGCAAAAACUCAGUCAUCAAAAUUAUAACAUCCCAACUGCCUAACCCAAGCGACUUUUUCGAAACUGUUUUUGACUCUUUCACUCAUUACCAUAACAAACAGGAUGACACUGAGAUAUCCGUGAAGUAUGGGUUUUUAACAACGAGAAAUCAUAACAUGACGCAGAUACAAGUUAUAGAAGAGUUGGUGCGGUGUGGGCAAAGGAAUAUACUGUUGCAUCCGUUGAUGGAAAGUCUUCUUUACUUAAAAUGGAAAACGUUGCUGCCAUUUUUCUACGUGAUGCUGACGAUAUAUGGGAUGUUCGUGCUGACUUUUAACAUCUUCGUUGUGACGUUCUUCUAUUACUGCGACACUAAUCAGAUUGAAUUUAAGCCACUGAUAUUUCAGCACGCGUUUUGGGUGUUCAUGGCAUUUACCUACAUCAUGAUUGGACUUAUGCUUAUACUGGAGAUCUUCUUCCUAGCAGUAAACAAGCGCCGCUACUUCCAAAACCUGGAGACCUGGAUCCGCCUCCUCUGCAUGGCGUUAGCCGGGGUAGUCCCUCUCGCCAUGAAGUUUGCGUUACCCUCUCAAGACUGGCCGCGCCACGUGGCGACUGCUGCGUUGCUGCUGGCGUGGCUGCAGAUGCUCUUCCUGCUGUCUAGGUUCCCAAACUGGGGGUACUAUGUGCUCAUGUUUGGGGAGGUCGCUUGUAAUAUUUUUAAGAUUCUACUGACCUUCGUCUUUCUAGUCCUCGGUUUCUCCCUCAGCUUCAUGAUACAAUACAGAGCUAAAGAUCCCUUUGAAAACCCGUGGAAAGCCUUCGUCAAAACCGCCGUCAUGAUGACUCAGGAGUUCGAGUACGAUGACAUGUUCGAUGAAAAGCAUGAGAAGAUACUCGGCGGAUCAACAGAAGUCACCAGGUUCCUUUUCGGGUUAUUCUUAAUGUUUGUAGGCAUAGUCCUUAUGAAUUUCAUGGUAGGUGUGGCUGUCAGCAACGUUAAUGAAUUAAAUGUCGCUGGAAACACUAAGAGACUAGAGAAACAAGUAGAACUCCUCAUUACUUUAGACUUCCUAGUAUACGGAUUGGUAAGCAAAGUUUUCCCAAUCAACACUUACUACAAAAGAUACCAUUACAGCAUCAACAAUUUUCCAACUAAAGAAAAACUGUGGCGAAUCAGAUACUACUUCGAUCUCAAUGACUCUUUAUCACAUGACGACAUUUAUAUACCUUUGCAUUUACGUCGUGACAUUAUAAAGAAAGCUAUGGAACAGAACAAUGUUAAAGUGGAUGCUAAAGAUACAGUUGGUAAGAAAAUAGAUGUGCUGUACGAUGCUUUGAUAGACAAAGUUAACGAUACAGUAGAAGAUAAAGAGACUAAGACAAAAUUAGAUGGAGUUAUGGAUAUGUUGGUAGAACUAUCUAAUGAUAUGGCAAAUUUGAAGGAGCAGAUGCGAAGUUUGAAAGAGACAUCUACAAAUAACCAUACUUUGAACUAUAGGAGGAGUAGAAAGGGUAAAAGAGAGAGUUCUAGGUCAAAAUCUUUGCAGCCACCAAUGAAUAUGCGGCUUAAAGACGAUCUCUAUGACUCUAUGUAUCAGGUGAUAUUGGAUUUGAAGGAACAAAUGGAGAAGAGAGAGACUGACGCCUAGUCAUUUCUUAAAUAUAAAUUAAAUGUUACAAAUAAUGUAUCACAAGUACCAAGUACCAGUGGCGGGGUGUUGAUACAACUGAAUUCCCUACGGGUUCCCGAAAAUUCUCCAUUAUCUGUAGAAGUUCAUACAAAACAAAUCCCGAAAACCCCUCCGGCUUUAUCACGGAGAAUUUUCACGUCACGCCACUGCCAAGUACCAACCC